AUGGUAAUUGCUGACACCUUGGCCAGUAAGGAAGCUCCCAAUGAAGAGGAUCAAAAGGAUAAGAGUUCUAGGGAAGUGGAACAAUCUAAGGAAGGGGAGAUCACUGGCUCACAAGAAGAAAAGACUGAUUCUUCCCCUCUCACGAUCAGGGAAGGAAGCAAUUACUACAGAGACAAAAAACUAAGCAAGGAGGCAAUUGAGCAAUACCUCAAAAUGACAAAGGAGAAGAAGUGCCUGGUAAAGCUAAGUAAAACCUACUACCCACCUAGGGAGUUUGUUAAGCCGUGGAGGGAGGUUCUGUUUGCUAUUAUGCGUUACAUUACCUUGGAUGCUAACCAAACUGCCCAUCCCCAACCUUCUAUCUCUGAGUUUGAGGAGGAAGGGUCAGAUUCUGGUUUUUCUCUAGGUGAGGAGUCUCAAAGUGAUUCGAUGAGUGAGUUAGAGGAGAGUCUGGAAGACUUUGAAGCUAAAAUUGGUAAGAAAAGAAAACAGGUGAGUACCAAGCCCUCCUCUUCUAAGGGUAAGAAAAAUACUAAAGAAAAGGUUUUCCAGAUCCGCUCCUCCUCCUCAGAGGUUUCUGAGGAUUCUGAGAAGGAUGAACCCCAGUCUCCUCGGAAAAAGAAAACUAAAAAUUCCAUUCAGAUAAGGAACAAACAGAAGAGGCAGGAUGAUUAUGAUAUGGAACUGGAGGAUAAAGUGCAGAGAAAGGAUCUUGACGUCGACCAAAAAUUGGAGGAGGAGAUCACAGGGGAAGGUUUUGAUCAGAGGGUCAGUGGAAAUAUCAAUAAGAUCAGUAGUGGCAACAUCCCCAAAAAUGAACAGGACAAUCCUGGUGAGAAAACCCCCCCUUCAAAUCCUCCCACUAAGGGUUUGAAAGGGUUUGUGAACACCAUCGAUUGGUUAAUUAAUAGUUGCAAGAAAGUUGUGGAGGAUAAUAAGAAGCUGAGCCACAAGGUCCAAAUUCUGGAGACAAUCAGUAUUGGUGAAGGAAAAUCAAUGGCGGAAUAUGCUGAGGAUUUGAGUAAAACUAUUGCCAGAGCCGAAGAGAUCAUAGAUUCCUCCAACCCUAGCAUUGUUGAACAAAGCUAUAGCAUUCUGAAGGCCUCAGCCGACAAUACCAAAAUUCUCAUAAAAAAACUAGAGAACGAGAAGGAUUCCCUGGAGCUAGAACCUGACAUUGAAGCUCAGACCCUCUGUGGGUCGCGACCCACAGGGGCGACCCCGACUGCCACAUGGCGUUGUGGCACCGCUAUGGGUCGCAACCCCCAGUGGUGGCCUCGACCGCCAUUGUGGGUGCCCACUCACAGCGGCAGCCGCUGCCGGUUCAAACCCCUGCGACCAUCUUCUUGGGUCUCUUGGGCUUAG